CAACGCUCUGCUGCUCGCCUGGCUGCCGGGACUUAAAGGACAAAUCCAGACAGAACAGAUUCAGAGACGAGAACGUCUUCAAGCACCUGGAAGCUGCAGGGACCAGUGACAGAGCAGCUCUGGGGUCAAGCUGCCGCGACCUCCGCCUCAGGAUCCGCUUCCUGAAAGAUCAGAAACCAAACUCUAUCCAGACACACAGGAGAGACGUGUGAUUCACCUGUCCGUGACAGCGCUUUGUAAAUCCAGCGGCGUUUGGUCCUGAAAUCGCAGCGUUGGCUCUGACGCCUCCUGAUAAGCGACACCGGCAGCUGAAGCCUCGCAGAGCGCUCCUCGCCCGAAGAGGAAGCCGUCACGCCGCCACGGUGAAGAUGACCUUUGCCAUGCUGCGCACGGCGCCUCCCGCGGGCCGCUUCCUGUACGGCGACAUCGCGCUGCUCUCCGAGGACGAGGAGGACAACGGCAGCGAGGGCUCGGGCUCCGAGGAGCGGACCACCGGCUCCGCCAACUUCCGCCUGUCGUCCUCGUCCCCGUCUGCCUUUCACAUCAAGGUGAACAGGAAGAGGAAGCUGUGCGGGGGAGGGGGAGGAGGAGGAGGAGUAGGGGGAGGAGGGGGCCUCGGAGGAGUGGUGGGGGCCGGGGGAGGCGGGGGCAUGCUGGGGAGGCUGGGCCCCCCGGGCUUGUCUCCGAUCGGGGAAGGUCGCCAGAGGACGGCGGCCAACGCGCGGGAGAGGGACCGCACCAACUCCGUCAACACGGCGUUCACGGCGCUGCGCACGCUCAUCCCCACCGAGCCCGCCGACAGGAAGCUGUCGAAGAUCGAGACGCUGCGCCUGGCCAGCAGCUACAUCAGCCACCUGGGCAACGUCCUGCUCCUGGGCGAGGGGCUCCACGAUGGCCAGCCGUGCCACGCGCCGUCACCGCCGUUCUUCCACGUCAGCUCCUCCCCCACCCGCGGGUCGGACCAAUCGGCUCAGCCCAAGCACAUCUGUACCUUCUGCCUCAGCAACCAGAGGAAAAUGAACAAAGACAGAGACAGGAAGUCGGCCAUCAGAAGCUAACAGUGAGGACUGCGAUAGAAACGCUCUGCCGGCGGUCUGAGCGCCGCCGCGGCUCGAAGACCGACCGGCGCCGUGCCUUUCAAGGACGUCUCAAGGACUUCAGUAGCACUUCCAGGACUUUCAGAGGAACACUUUUGAUAACUUUUUGGAUUCUGUUUUUCCAGUUUUGAAAAGUUGAAUGAUGCUUUUUCAGCGACACGUUAAAGAGACGCUUCACUGUGCUGUCCGGCGACUCUUCGCUCAGAGUCCAGGGAACUUAUGGCACAUCGUCAGAAAACACUUAAAGCCACCAGGUUGCAUUCAUCAAACUGUGUGUUAUUAAUGUGUAAACUGAAAUAUAAAUGUAUAUUUAUGUGACAUAACAUUAUAUAAUGAAACUAUGUUAUUUAACAAUUAUAUGACUCUUUUGGACAAACUAUGUGCAUUUUUUUAUUUUUAUUUUUUUUGAAGGUACAAACAUUGGCUAUGAGCAGUUUAUGGCAUUAGAAAACAUAUGCUGGAUAU